AGUCCUCUAUAAUUUCUCCUCCCGAGAGUAAGUGAAUAGCAGAAAAGCUAAGGUCAGGAAAAACAGAAUGUCGCUCGCCAAAGCUGUUGUUUUGGAUAAUGGGUCUGAUACAAUCAAAGCGGGAUUUGCCAAAGACGAGUCUCCUCAAGUAGAGUUUACCUCCGUCGUUGGUCAUCCAAAGUACGCGAAAUUACAAGAACAAGCAGAUCGCGAAGAUCCGCUCGUCGGAAAUGGUGCCUUGGAUAAGAGGGGCGAUCUGGAUCUUACAUACCCAGUCAAGAACUCGAUCAUAACUAACUGGGAGGACAUGGAAACGAUCUGGCAUUACACUUUCGCCCAGCUGGGUGUAAGUCCCGAAGAACGCCCCGUUCUUCUGACAGAAGCACCAUUUAAUCCACAAGUAAACAGAGAGAAGACAACAGAGAUCAUGUUCGAGACCUUCCAUACACCAGCGAUGUAUUUAGCUCCAGCACCUGUCCUGUCUCUCUACGCCUCUGGCCGUAAGGAUGGUAUCGUCCUCCAGAGUGGUUUCGGCGUCAGUUACGCCGUCCCUAUCAGUGAAGGUUUCGCUCUUCGCCAGAACGUUUCGAGUCUCGAUUUGGCCGGUACGAAUUUGACAGAUUAUCUCACAAAGAUUCUGGGCGAACGGGGCAAGACUCUAACCGAGCACAGAUUAGCAAGAGAUGUUAAAGAGAGGCUUUGCUAUGUCGCUCAGGACUUUGAAAAGGAGAUGAGUACUGCUGCCUCUGAUCCGAGCUUGCAGAGAAGCUAUGAACUCUCUGAUGGUCAGUUUGUCACUCUUGGCGACGAGAGAUUUAGAUGUCCCGAGGUUCUGUUCCAGCCCUCCAUGGCUGACAAUAGUUUGGCGUUGUCACCCGGCAUCCAUCAGCUCGUAUUUGAGUCCAUCGUGAAGUGCAACGAAGACAUCAGAAAUGAAAUGUACGCCAAUAUUGUCUUGUCUGGUGGCUCCACUAUGUUCAAAGGAAUUGCCGAAAGAGUGCAGAAGGAGAUCAAUGGACUCGCCGGGGCUUCACCUACAAGAAAGGUCAAGAUCAUUGCUCCUCCUGAGCCUAAAUACUCUGCAUGGAUUGGGGGAUCAAUCCUGGCUUCGUUAUCGGAUUUUCAGUCCAUGUGGAUCUCUAAGCAAGAAUAUGAUGAAGAGGGUCCCGCUGUUGUCAACCGCAAAUGCCUAUAGCUACGACGUUAGCUUUGAGUUGUUGAUGAAUAUAGACAAAACUUGAUCUAAUGAAGAAUAAUUUAGAUGUACACAGAAAGAUUUGUUUCAGUGUCUAUGUGUUAACUCUAAAAUGAUCACCAACUGAGGUACUUCUUGAUCCAUGUGCAAAUUCACCUUGUUAACAUAAAGGAAAUAUACAGAGAACAGUAUGGAGA